AUGCCAACUGGUACAUUAGAAAUUUUUAUUGCUGAAGGACGUAAUCUUAAAGAUCGUGAUAUUAUUGGUCAAAAUGAUGCAUAUGUGGAAAUUUAUUUAGAAAAAAAAUAUAAACAACGUACAAAAAUAAUUAAAAAUUCCAAUAAUCCAGUAUGGAAUGAACGAUUUACAUUCAAUAUUCAUAAGGGUGAUGAUACAAUUCAUUUUGGUGUAUAUGAUGAUGAUCUUAUUGGUCGAGAUUCAGUUGGAAGUGGUAAAGUUAAAUUGAAACAUGUUUUUGAUGAUGGUAAAUUUGAUGAAUGGGUCAAAUUACCAGCUAAAUUAGGUCUCUCAUCUCAUGGUGAAAUUCAUGUCAUUAUGAAUUUUAUACCAGCAUAA